GGUAGACUGUCCGGGGGCUUUCGCAGUCACUACCUCCGGCGGUACCUGCAACACUUGUCCCGCAGGCGGCACAAUUACAGAUACACUUAUCUCGAAGUUGCCUCGGACUAGAUCUGCUGUCCAAUCUGCCAACACAUGAUCUACACCAAGCUGUUCAACGGGUUCCUUGCGAAGAUGCUUUGCCCUAAUACAUACAUACCUAGUUCUCCGGACUUAUAGAUGCUUGCUAUUCUUUCUAGGCUCUGCACCCAGGACGAAGGAGGAGUUGGCACCGCCGAUGUGCGGCUCGGCCCAUCAUGUUUGAAAAGUCGCUAUACGACCUCAUCAGAGGCUUGAGGAGCCACAAAGGCAAUGAGAAGGAGUACAUACAGAACUGUUUGAAAGAAUGUCGCGCCGAGGUUCGCAGCCAGGACAUGGACCUGAAGGCUACUGCCUUACUGAAGCUGAUAUAUCUGGAAAUGUUCGGCCAUGACAUGUCUUGGGCAUCCUUCAAUGUUCUCGAGGUCAUGGCUUCCUCGAAAUACCAUCAGAAGCGCGUUGGGUAUCUCGGCGCAAUCCAAAGCUUCCGUCCAGACACCGAAGUCUUGAUGUUAGCCACAAACCUCCUCAAGAAGGAUUUGACGGCGACUUCGACGACAACGAUCUCUCUCCCCAUCGUAACCCUUCCUCAUGUUAUCACACCGUCUCUCGCCCUAUCGGUCCUCCCAGAUAUAUUGCCUCGUCUGAGCCAUUCCAGUCCUACUGUCAGGAAGAAAACAAUCGUCACGCUUUACAGACUCGCAUUGGUGUACCCCGAAACGCUUCGUGCUGCGUGGCCCAAAAUCAAGGAGAAAUUAAUGGACCGAGGCGAGGAUCCCAGCGUCACUGCCGCUAUUGUCAAUGUAAUAUGCGAGCUGGGAUGGCGCCGACCCCAUGAUUUCCUCUCUCUAGCUCCCAGGCUCUUUGAACUUCUUGUUGAUAGUGGCAAUAACUGGCUGGCAAUAAAGUUGAUAAAGCUGUUCGCAACUCUCACACCGCUUGAACCGCGCCUUGUCCGGAAGCUCUUACCACCAUUGACCGAAAUUAUUCAGACCACCCCUGCUAUGUCUUUGCUGUAUGAAUGCAUCAAUGGGAUUAUACAGGGAGGCAUUCUAGGGAGUGGAGACGAUACCUCGGGGAAAGAAGAAAUCGCCUUACUCUGUGUGAACAAGUUGCGGAGCAUGAUUAUGGUCGAUGGAGAUCCUAACUUGAAGUACGUGGCACUUCUUGCUUUUAAUAAGAUCGUCGACACGCAUCCUUGGCUAGUUGCACAGCAAGAGGAUGUCAUUCUUGAAUGCAUUGACAGUGCAGACAUAUCUAUCCGCAUCAAAGCGUUAGACUUGGUCCAAGGGAUGGUCAGCAACGAUAAUUUGAUUUCUAUUGUUAGUCGCCUCAUGAGGCAGCUCAAAAUAUCGUCGUCUAUUGAUCGCAAAAAUGGGCAAAACACGUCAAAUUCUAGUCCCGGAAUGUCAGACGAUGACGAUCUAGAAAGAACCAUCAACCCAACACAGAAGACAGCAGAACAAAUGCCCCCUCUUCCUGAUGAUUACAGGAUCGAUGUGAUCAACCGGAUCUUAAAUAUGUGUUCUCAGAACAGUUAUACCAAUCUGAACGAUUUUGAGUGGUAUAUCGACAUACUGACUCAGCUGGUUCGCAUUGCUCCCACUCCCAGGAAGAUGAACGAUAUAGAAAAUCUGCCAAAUUCUGGAAGGUCCAAUUCUAGUGAAAUAUCUGAAAAGAUUGGCAAUGAACUAAGAAACGUUGCCGUUAAAGUUCAAGCCGUUCGCAGCGCUUGUUUGCAGGCGGCAGAGAUCAUUUCAAGCCAGCUCAAACACGAUGCACCUACAGACCACUCUCUCAAUUUAGGGGCAUUGGGACCUGUGGCCUGGGUCCUUGGAGAAUUUGCCUCGGAAUUAGAGGCCCCGGAAGAUACGUUAGGACUACUACUCCAGCUGAUUCCAAGAAUAACCUCACCAGAACCGCUGGCAGCCUGUUUACAGGCUGCUAUGAAAAUUUUCUCGCAAAUAGCUGGGAAUCAAUUGACAAGAUGGACUGCUGAGCACAAAUCCAAAAUAUUACUCUUAAUGGCUCGUAUUGUUCAUGCUUUUGAAGUCUUGACCCUUCACCCAAGCUUAGAAGUCCAAGAACGUGCCGUGGAAUUCUCUGAGCUGCUCAAAUUAACAGCAGAAGCUGCAUCUGCACAGGAUACAUCUACCGAAGAGGUUUAUCAGGACACUCCGCUAUUACUCACACAGGCCAUACCGUCUUUGUUUGUCGGUUGGGAAUUAAAGUCGGUUGCUGCCAGUGCCCAAAAGAAUGUGCCACUUCCUGAAGGGUUAGAUCUGGACGAACCCAUCAAUCCAAAUCUCAAUGCCUUGCUUGCGUCUACUGAGUCAUUAUCUAUCCCAGCUGAUGAAGUUGACGAGUUUGACAGCUAUUAUUAUCAACAGGCGCCAGUCACUAGUAUUGCCUCUGAGCCUGCGAUCACACGCCUCGUGGAUGAACCCCCUGACACAGUUGGUUCUUAUCAGCAGCCACCUGAGGAAUCGUAUCUCGAUGCAGAUAUAGUGGCCAGGCGGAAACUAGAACGACUUGAGAAAAAUCGAGAUGACCCAUUUUACAUUCAAGAGACCAGCUCGAUACAAAGAUCAUCGACACCUAUACAUAAUAUCCUUCAGAGCUCCAAUGGCCCCGACCUAGAUGUUGAUUCAAUCCCUAUCAUGGAGCUUGACCUUGACAAACUCAGUGCUGGUGUGAGUCAUGCUCCCACAAGGCUUUCCCAGUCGUCACGGCCGAAGCAACGUCAACAAAUUGUCAUCGCUGCGGACGAGAAUCUUGCCUCUAGUGGUCAGAGCACUCCUAGAAAUCAUUCGGAAAAUGACUCGGGGUCACUUGCUUCGAAAGCAGCACGUGCCAGGCGACUCAAACAGUCUGUCCUCGGCGUUGACUCAACCAAUAUUGAGAGCCUAGCUCUUGAAGGGGGUGCUGAUAGCGGCGUUUAUAAUCCUGAAGCCCAAAAGCGCGAGGACGCAGAGAUGGCACAAGCUAUGAAAGAAGUCGAGCGCCUACGGCUCGAGAUGCAACGUGCUAAUGAACGAAUCCAAGUUGCGCAGGGAGUGGACGCCGCGGGCACCAUCGUCAAGAAGAAGAAAACGACUGCUAAAACAAAAAAGAAACCUGCCGCUCCCGUCGAAGAAGAGGGCGGGGUUGGCAGCGUGGAGGGUACCAAGGUGGUCAAAAAGAAGAAAAAGAAGGAGAAAGUCCCAGCUAACGAGCAGGGCGAAGCCGAGGGAGACCAAAGUGCAGUCAAAACGAAAAAGAACAAGGUGAAACCGCCAGCCGGUACCGAAGAGACGGCGUAGUGCCAUAUUCGCCUAGGCAUCAUCAGCUGUUGCCACUCAUGUGUGUAGCUUAAGUCUUUGGAAAAAGCAUCUCUAAAUAGAUUACUGAUGACAGUUGAUAUUCUGAUUCCUUGAACCACCUACUACCUCGUAUAUAGUGGACGCCCUGAAUUCUUUCCCCACAAACCAUAUCCUAUCCAAUAAGUAACUUCAAUCUUGGACUGGUCAACUACAUGGAACACAUCGCCCCAAUAAAUUACUUAAAAAUCAAAAUCUACAUCAUUGUACUCAUCUAGCAUGGGCCAUGGGGCAGAGAUAGAUCAGUAAGGGUAGACUCAUACAUGGGAUAACCAUACACAAUAGAAGAGGAGAAAUUCGGGUUUCAAGCAGCAAAGCAGACUCAGACGAUACAACAAAUUGUGUAUAAAUGAUGUGUAUAUAUAAAAAAGCGUUCUCCAUUGGCCUCGUAAAAACAUCCUAUGCAUACACACACAAAAAUCACUGUUUGUAGUACAAUCUUAAAUUGGUACAUACAGCCAGCUAACGAAUUCAAACACAUGCAAAUUCCAAGAAGAGGCCCAACAACCUAUGCCUGCCUGCCUGCCACGAGCAGGAAAAAAAACAUCAUAUGUGGAAAACAUGAAGAUGCCUUCCACCCCAGUCCGUUUUCCUUGAGUUCUUCAGCGCCUCGCUUUCCGAGUGGUUUUUUU